CCGCGCGAGAUAAGAGCCGGGCCGGCAGAGGCGCCGAAGACUCCGCGGUCCGCAGCCGCCAUGGGGAGGAUGCUCGUGAGAGAGUGCUGCUGCGGUUGCAGCCUCCGCUCAGGAACAGUGGCCAUAGGGAUCUACAACGCCGUUAUGGGGCUGAUUGGAGCCAUCGUGUACUUCAUCGUCGCCUUCAAGGGCAAUGGUGACGAAGAAAGAGUUGGCCUCUAUAUCGUAACAGCUGUUAUUUGCGUUGUGGAGUUACUGGCAAGCAUGUGUCUAAUAAACGGCGCUUUGAAGGAAAAGAAGCGUUUAAUCACUCCCUGGUUAGUGAUCACUACAUUCCUUCUUGUCUCUUACUUCGUGAUUCUGAACAUCAGUAUUUUCCUUGUGGUUGCAGCAGGAUCUUCUAUGGCGUUUUCUCUUAGUGGAUUCCUCACCGUUGCCCUGACGGUGUACUGCCUGGUCGUCGUGUACAGCUACCACGAGUCGUUCGGCGCCGGCGACGAUCACAACCGCAUCGUCACCUACACCGUCGAGAACCACCAGUUCCCGAGCCUGCCGGUGACGGUGGUGCCCCCGCCGGACUUCGGCUACCCGCAGCACGGCUACCCGCAGCACGGCUACCCGCCGCCGGACUACCCGCAGCAGCAACCGCCGCCGUACGACGCCCCCGGCCCGCUCUUCGCUGCGCAGUCGCGCGACCACAAGCUGCAGCCGUAGUUCGCGCGCCGCGUGGCUUGACGUGCGCGGCGCUGCCUUCCCUCGGCAGCUCAGCAGACAGUACACUGCUCAAACUCACGAAGAGCGUUACGGUUACAAACCACCCAGAUAACUUCCGUAAGCUUACUGGCACUUACUAAAUUUACACACUUUGUACAUGGACCUUCCCUCAGCAUACAGUACACUGCUGGAGAUUUCCAGCUCAAACUCACGAAGAGCGUUACGGUUACAAACCACCCCAGAUAACUUCGUAAGCUUACUGGCACUUACUGAGUUUACACGCUUUGUACAUUAACUUUCCCUCAGCAUACAGUACACUGCUGGAGAUUUCCAGCUCAAACUCACGAAGAGCGUUACGGUUACAAACCACCCCAGAUAUUUUCGUAAGCUUACUGGCACUUACUGAGUUUACACGCUUUGUACAUGGACUUUCCCUCAGCAUACAGUACACUGCUGAAGAUUUCCAGCUCAAACUCACGAAGAGCGUUACGGUUACAAAUCACCCAGAUAACUUCGUAAGCUUACUGGCACUUAGGGGUCGUCCAUUAAUCACGUGAUGUUUUUUUUAGCAAAUUUUUAAACCCCCUCCCCCCUAGUGAUUUGUGGUGAGGUUUUAGACUACACCCCCCCCCCCCCUAUAAAUCACGUGUAUUUUUUUGGUACAAAAUAUUUUUAAAAAAUUCUGAAUGUUAUCUUUAAAUAUAGGUAUAAUCUAAUUUAAUUCUGGAAAAUUAAGCACAGUGAUAAAAAUGUCCAGGUUUAUUUUCACUGGCAUAAAAAUAAUAAAGGAAAGGCUUAUAUGUGAUUUACGCUUGUAUUCGGCGCCAAAAUCACAGUCUUACCUUUGAAUAUUCAAAGGUCUUACUGGUGAUUGGCAAGCCGAGCCGGGUGGUUCAUGUUGCGGCGGGCGGGGAUAUUGUUGCCUGGCUACGGCGAGUCGUCACGCGUCGCUUUUCGGUUUAGUAGAAAUCGGGCGAAAAAAUUAAUACACGUGAUAUCUCUCUUCACCCCCCUCCCCCCUUGAGAUAUUUCGUGAUUUUUCCCGACCCCCUCCCCCCCCCCCUUUCGAGCCUCACGUGAUUAAUGGACGAUCCCUUAACUGAACUUACGCACUUUGUACGUGGACUCAUAAUGAUCACCUUGGAGUAUGCACCGACAAAAUAAUAUUCCGGCAUUCGUGUGCUUGUCUACCCUGUUUCCAACGGAUCACGGAACUCGGAAGAAGAAAUCCAAGGUAGUUUUUUUUUUACGAAUAUCUAGCUAUCUGAAAUCACGAAGAACCGUUUGUUUAUUUAAGGUGCACUCUCAGUUGAAAAGUUCGUAAAGCAACAAUUUUUUUUUUCUAAAUUUGAAGUAAUUAAAUAUGCCACUCAGUAUGUGUUUCAUUCUUUCACUGCACAUGUUGAGAUGAAAUUUACAACCUGCCUUUUUUUUUACUAUAAAUACAUAUUAUGUUUCACUCUUUCUUAAAUAGUUGUUUUAGAAUAUUUAUUUUGACAUGUUCAUAUGUAACAAACUUUUUUAUGUUGUGCGUACUAAAAAAAAGUUGCUAUCGAACAUAAGGCUAAACAUGUUUUUUUUUUAUCGAGUUGGGAUGCCUUUGUGUGUAUGGACUAGUUCAGUUUUGAAUAGAUCUACUGUCAUUGUACGAACUGUUAAAUUUAUUUAAAUCUGCUGCCUAUAAUUCGUGCGGAUGCAAUACUUAAUUCUGAGUAAACGUUAAUGAUUUGGUUGUACAUUUUGUAUGGCUCUAUUUCGUAGUGCGACACUAUCAGGCAAUCAUUAUACUCUGUCCUACUAAUAUUACCAAAAAAAAAAAAAAGGGAGAAAAACAGGAAUGUAACUUCAGAAUACAAAAUAAAAAUAAAA